CACAGACCUUGUAGCUCAGCAUCUUCUAUCGUCAUAAUCUUCGUGAUCUUGAUUUCAGUAACGCCCUGUUAUCAUCAGUUGUAAAGGAGCUAUGUCUUAAACUCCUCCCACUGUCUUAUUGUCUGGUCGAAUGAGUGCCGGGUACAAGGCCUUGACACGGGCAGAAAGUUACUGCUCACUUAACAGCUCGAGUAGCUCCAGAGAGGAUGUAACUAACUCUCCCAACCAACGCCCUCUUAUCAAAAAGAAAUCAGUCUAUGUUUUCAGAUGCAGGUACUGUAAGGAGACGUUCACUUCCCGACAGAAUGGAAUGGAGCAGCAGUGCACUAGAGCUCCCAACUACGCUAGAGAGAAUGUGGACGGUUUGUGUAUUGUCCGGGGCUACAGGGGCUGCUGGUAUCACCUAACUAAAGAUCAGUUGCCCCACGAAGAAAAUGAAGAUGUAAACAUAUUACGACUAGAAUUUCCCCCAAACAUGGCCAUCUCCCUCUGGAUAAAGUUCAUCCUGAUCUCCAUUUUCUGCUUCCCCUGCGUUUGCUUGUGGUUGCCAUUUGCACUAUGGGAAAAGCAAACUAGAUUUGUUUUUGGGCCAAGACAUAGCAUUCGACGGAAGAGAAAAAUUACAGGCGCCGUUGGCCCGACGCAAAAUCAACGCCAGAGCACGAGCCAAGAACCCCCACGAAAAGACAGCCAAUCGGAACCCAAAGCCCCGGUAACUAGCAGUGUUACCAUGGUAACAUCAGAAAAACAACACGUCCUUGUGCGCGUGUUGGAGGAAACAGUUCCUUGCUCUGAAGAAGACAACUUCACCAACAUCCCUCUCUCCCCCUUCUCCCCAGGUGAAGUACACAUUACAGUGGAGGAGUGCAUCCCUCCCCAUGGUAACACUGCUAGUUACCAUGGUAACACUGAGGAAUGCAUCCCACCCCCACCACCAGACCAGCCUCCACCUGAGGAUGAUGAUGAAGAUGAGAGUGAAGGAAAGGUGCAGGAUGUUGGAGAAGGAGUGAAAGAGGAUGGAGAAAAGGAGGAGGAGGGUAGUAGGGAGGAGGGUGGAGAUAAAGAGGGGGAAGAGAAGGAUGAAGAUAAGGAAGAAUCAGUAAAACAGGAGCAUGUAGGCAAAGGAGAGGUUGUAAUCAAUUUUGAUGGUAUCGGAAUAAAUGUUGACGCGGAGGAGGAAAUGAAUGUUUAAGAUAGAGCUCUUAGAAAUGCUCUGAUAACUUUUGCAAUUGCAUAUUCAUUAUUACAUCACUUUGUUGAAAAUUUGAUUAUUUGAAUUUUGGUUAUAUGUUUGCUAAAAUAAUAUAAUGCCCAAAGGAAUAAAAGAUACCCAGGUUUCUUUGCUGUAUUUACGUUAUUCACUGUAACUGGAUUACGACAUAGAUUGCCUUGUGAAUCGUAUCUUUUAUAUCUAUCCUUUUAAAGGAACUUAUCAAUUAACAAUAUCUUGUGAAUUAAAGUAAUUAAUUAAUUAAUUAAUUAAAGUAUUUUACCAUGUAUCAUAUUAUUUAUUAGUUUAUUGUUUUGCUGCAACUUUACAGAUGCCAGAAGCAAAGUUAUUUGAGCAUUUUUUCAGAAUGUGAGUAAAUUGCAUGAUUUAUGUUUACAGAAUGGGUUCCGAAUAAAUCGGGUUGCGAACGUACUUGAUUAAGUUUUUGAGUUUUUUGCGCCGUUGAAUUUGAUAGUAUUUAUCUUAUCAUAUAUUAUUGUUGUACUGUUAAUAUUGAACUGUUUCAUUGUAAAUAUAUUUCACAUAUGAA